CUUCUUCUUCUUCUUCUUCUUCUUCUUUCUGGGCAACAGCACGAGCUUCGUCCACAUUCACACACACACACUCUAUUGCAACUUGAAAGUAUCUUUCGUUCGCAGUAGCAGUCAACGUCCUCGUCGAGAACAAACGCUUGAAACGACAAAAACAAAAAAAGCGAAACAACAAAAAACCGUUUGUUUCGAAAAACUUGUUUCUCUCUCCUCACUUCCCACACUUCCCACCCGACACACACACACACAUUCAUCCAACAAUAGUUAUGGAGGUCCACGCCGUCGUCAACCAGCUCCAUUCGCUGGCCAGCCACCCCGAGUUUCGCGCAACGAUUGUCCGAGACCAGGGCUGCCUGCCUGGCCUGCUCCUCUUCCUCGAUCAUGCAGACCCCAAGGUCGCCGGCAUGGCUCUCGAGACGCUGCGUAUGCUUUCCGAGUGUGAGGAAAACCGCAGCGUCAUGCUGCAACAGACUGGCAUGCUCGCAAGCCUCGACCUGCUCCUCCAGCGACCGCAAGAGGAUUUGAACCAGAAACGGCUCGUCCAGCAGAUUCGCGACAACAUUACUGGCGCAACGCCCGCGGUUUCUGCUGCCACCACUGCUCCCGCAACGACUGCCGCCAUUUCCAGCAAGAACGCCAAGGCGGACGCCGCAUCGGUCAAGGAGCGUGUUGCUCGUCUCAACCAAAACAAGGAAAACUCCAACACCAACGCCAUGGCGUUCAUGCCAGGGAACAGCUUUUUCCAAGGCGGCGCCAAUCGCAAGGCGCGCGUGGUUGUCCUGCAAUUCGUCGGCCUCGACGACAUUUCGCGACAACGUCUGGCCGAGGACAAGCUCCUCAAGGUGCCCGGCGUGAUUAGCUUCACCUUUGACAUGGCCAAGGCCCGCGCUACCAUUCGCGCUCGCAACGACAUCCGUGUCGAUCGUAUCUGCCACGCUAUUGCCAGCACCAAGGUGCUCAGUGCCAAGCAGGUCAUCAAGAACGAGUUGGGCGAGGAGGCACUGCUCGAUGUGCUCGCCAACGCAACCAGCAACAACAGCAACAUUGAGGCCAACACGCAAGCCUCGGAGGCCGCCGUCGCGCCUGCUUCCUCAAACGGCCCCAAGGCUGUUCCUGACUACUUGCCCGAGGAAGAAAAUCUGUCCAAUACUGCUGACGAGAAGGCCAUUGCCCGUGUCGCUGGCCCCAACGAUACCAACAGCAAUGGUGGCUCGAGCUGGCUUGGCGCAAUUGGCAACUUUAUGUCCAAGUCAUUGUACUGGUAAAACCGCUACCCAGUGAUUGGACACUACCACGGCCAGUGUUGAGAAGGGGUGUGUUGCUUUUUCGUCCUGUCUGUGUGCUUGUAUUUUUUUUCUCUCUCUCUUCCCCCCCCCCGCCUCCAUCCCAUCACACUGUAAUGCUGACUUUGAUGCUCGUGCAACAGCCACAAGAUGGCUCGCGAUCGAAAUCGGCUCCUCUCUCUCGUUUUUUUUUUUUUUUUUUUAUU